AUGCUGCUGCCAGUUGGGCGAGCGGCGCUGGGGGUCGUGGGCUGCGUCGGUAGCUCCUGCUCGCGACCAGGCGUGUAUGCGUUGGCAGGCGUCGUUGCAGGUGCUCGGGCCAGACGACGGCGGGGCCUGCGACUCGAGCAAGGCGCGAAACAACACACUUCGUCUGCGCGCAAUAAGAGGAUGCGAUUUGCAGCCGACGCGCACGGUGGCAAUGGCGGGCUCUGCACUGUGCACGGCGGGCAGCGUGUUCGGCGGGCCGUGGGACGAAAAGGCCCCGCUGCACGCCCAAUCACGCGCCCACACUCAGUGGUGACCAGCACCCUUCAGCUGCCGUGUGGCUGUCGCGAUACGGCCCCCAGUGGUCGUUGGCCGUGUUUCACUCCAAGCUUCCAGAUGGCGGCGACGGGCCUCCCGCAGUGGCUCGUGGCCGGGUGGCCGCUUUGGCGACCCUCCCACACGGCCCUCCCCAUCCCACCCCCAGUCCACCAAGCCUUACAUCACGACCAGCUCGUUGUCGAAAGUGCCAUUUCAAGUCCGCCGUGCGCACAGGAGCUGACCGCCCGCCGGCGACGCAACACGGCCGACGUGACGCCCGGCCAGUGGAUCAGGCGUCUGCUCUCGCGCAUCGCCCCUGUCUGCACUGAUGCGUUGUCACUCCAAGACCGUCGCGCAUGCAGACCGACAUGUCAAAAGAAGCCUGCGCCAAAAUACCGCGUCCCACUGCCAUUUCACUGGCCCAGAGAGCCGCUGCUAUCCCUCUUCAUCUCGGCCUGCAGCUCUAGAUUGCGCUUAAAUUCGACCGCACCCAACACCGCCCAAUGA